AUGGCAAGAGGAAAGGAAAAACAAGCAGGCAUUGUCAAGAAUGUGCAAGCGUUUGAGCGCUUGAGCUUUCUUCAUCAAGCUGCUAUUCUCAUGUCGACCCUCCAAUACGAUACCAAACCAUCUACAUCAGCAUCAGCACCAAAGCAUCAUGUCAGAGACUGGCAAGGAGAUCCACCAGGCACACUGCACGCAACCUCUAGAUAUCUCAACCAUCACAUGAAGCAAAUCACUGGCAAAUUAGUGAUGCGAUUAGACCCUAGCGUGAAAAGAGCCGUAUGCAAGCGCUGCGACACACCGGUUAUCCCAGUGAUCACAUCCACGAGCCGCAUAAAAUCUAAACCAACGCCUAGUGUGAUUCAAACUUGUAAAAUAUGUAAAUCAAAGCGUAGAUACACUUCGCAAAACCCCAGUUAUCAGCUAUUCAGCGAGAGAUCAGAUGUAGAUAUGCUCCAGGAAGCCCAAGAUCAAGUGUGA